GGGAAUCGAUCAUAUAUGAAUCAGCAGGAGAUUGCGGCGGAUGCGAGGGAGCAGGUGGGGCAUCAAGGAGAAGAGACGACGAGGGAUGGGUCCGUGGAUUGGAACGGCAUGCGCUGCGUGAGAGCCAAAUCGGGUGGAUGGUUUGCCGGCUUCCUCAUCCUGCUGAACCAGGCGCUCGCGACAUUAGCAGUGAGUGGAAUCGGGACGAACCUGGUGACCUUCAUGAGGGUGGUGAUGAGGCAGGACAACGCCGAUGCGGCCAACCAUGUCAGCAACUGGUCUGGCACCACAUACGUCUUCUCCAUCAUCGGUGCUCUCAUUGCCGACUCCUACUGGGGAAGAUACAAAGCUUGCAUCAUCUUCCAGCUGCUCUUCCUCGCCGGAAUGGUGGAGCUCUCCAUAGCCUCCUAUUUCUUCCUCCAUAAAUACAGCUGCGACUCCGGAUCGGGAGAGGGCAUGAAAAACAACUGCAGCUUACCCAGUAAAGCAGAGACGGUCAUAUUCUACGUGUCCAUAUACCAAAUCGCACUAGGGAACGGAGCCUACCAGCCUGCCAUCACAACCUUCGGUGCUGAUCAGUUUGAUGAGGAGGACACGGGGGAAAGGGAAUCAAAGAACGCCUUCUAUGGCUACUUCUUCCUCGCCAAUAACCUUGGCAGCCUGCUCUCCGUCACUUUACUCACGUACAUCGAGGACCAGGGAAAGUGGACAACUGCCUUUGCAAUCUCCACACUUGCAGCUUUCCUCGGUCUUGCCCUGUUUGCCGUUGGAACCUUGAGGUUCAGGCACUUCCUCACCAGUGAGAAUCCUGUCGUGACUGUUUCCCAAGUGGUUGUUGCUGCAAUAAAAAACAGGCACCUGAACACUCCAAAGCAAGCAGAAGAACUGUACGAGGUCCAUGGAACUGACAGCAGCAAUGGAGGCAGAAAGAUACUACACACACCAGACUACAGGUGUUUGGACAAGGCAGCGGUGAUGAGAGAGCCAUCCACGCAGCCGCCAUCCAAGCCGUUGAGCCUCUGCACGGUUACUCAAGUGGAACAAGUGAAAUGCAUCCUGCGUCUGGUUCCCAUAUGGCUGUGCAGCAUCAUUUACUCAACUGCAUACUCGCAGAUGACGUCGGUGUUCGUCGAACAAGCACGAGCCAUGGACAACACCAUCUCCAAGUUCAGAAUCCCACCCGCAGGCGUCAGCAUAUUUGAGAUCGUGGGCAUAACAGCAUUCGUCUUCAUAUACAGAUUCUGCAUCGCGAAACCCUUGUCCAAGAGAUCAAGGGAGCCGAGCGAACUUGAGAGGAUGGGCAUCGGUCUCAUCAUAUCAGCAGCAGCGAUGGUGACGGCUGGGAUGGUAGAGCGGCAGAGACUGAAGCAUGCCGGCAGCCUAAGCGUCCUAUGGCAAAUCCCUCAAUACCUGCUGAUGGGCGCAUCGGAGGUGUUCAUGUAUGUGACCAUGACAGAGUUCUUCAAUGACCAGCUCCCAGAUGGCAUGAGAAGCCUUGGAAGCGCGCUGGCCGUGGCGUCCAUGUCAGCUGGGAGCUACGCGAGCAGCCUGAUUGUCACUCUGGUGAUGGCCAUCAGCUGCAGAGGAGGGGACGGAUCCCACGGGUGGAUACCUGAAGAUCUGAACAAAGGCCAUGUGGACAGGUUCUUCUUUCUUAUAGCGGUGCUUGAUGCGGUGGAUCUGGUGGCGUUCGUGGUGCUUGCCAAGAGGUAUAGGCAGGUGAAACCUGCGACGUCGUACCUCCUUGCCUUAUCCGGAGGACUGGACGGACACAAUACGAGCGCAAUGCCAUGGCCUCCUGCUCCAGUCCCUAGUCCGUGCUCCUCCUCCUCGACUCUCUCGAUAGCGCCGGCUCCUUCUCCUUGUCUGUUUCGGCGGAGAUGCAGCAGCGGGACGGGCAACAUGUACCAGCAGGAGGAUUACAGGCUGCUCCUUCCGUCCGCUAGCAAUAGCAUCCCAAGUCGGCUCCGCAUCUUCUCGGGCACGGCCAACCCCGGGCUGUCGGAGGAGAUCGCUUGCUACCUGGGGAUGGAGCUUGGCAGGAUCAAGAUGAAGCGGUUCGCGGACGGGGAGCUGUACGUGCAGCUGCAGGAGAGCGUCCGGGGGUGCGACGUGUUCCUGGUGCAGCCGACGUGCCCUCCCGCCAACGAGAACCUGAUGGAGCUCCUCAUCAUGAUCGACGCCUGCCGCCGCGCCUCCGCCAAGACCAUCACCGCCGUCAUCCCCUACUUUGGCUACGCCAGGGCCGACCGCAAGAUGCAGGGCCGCGAGUCCAUCGCCGCCAAGCUCGUCGCCAACCUAAUCACCCACGCCGGCGCCCACCGCGUGCUCGCCUGCGACCUCCACUCGGGCCAGUCCAUCGGCUACUUCGACAUCCCCGUCGACCACGUCUAUGGCCAGCCCGUCAUUCUCGACUACCUGGCCAGCAAGACCAUCUGCCCCAACGACGUCGUCGUCGUCUCGCCCGACGUGGGGGGAGUCGCCAGGGCGCGCGCCUUCGCCAAGAAGCUGUCCGACGCGCCGCUGGCCAUCGUCGACAAAAGGCGGCUGGGCCACAACCAGGCGGAGGUGAUGAAUCUCAUCGGCGACGUCAAGGGGAAAGUGGCCGUGAUGGUGGACGACAUGAUCGACACGGCGGGGACCAUGGCCAAGGGGGCAGAGCUGCUGCACAGGGAAGGGGCCAGAGCCGUGUACGCCUGCAGCACCCACGCCGUGCUCAGCCCUCCCGCUGUCGAGAGGCUCUCCGGUGGCCUCUUCCAGGAGGUGAUCAUCACCAACACCGUCCCAGUGCCGGAACACCAACGCUUCCCGCAGCUCACCGUCCUCUCCGUCGCCAACCUCCUCGGCGAAACCAUAUGGCGUGUGCACGACGAUUCCUCUGUCAGCAGCAUCUUCCAAUGAUACAUCCUUCCUUCCUUCUCCCCCUGAUUGCAAGUCAGCAGUAUCGCUUUUCUUUUCUUUUGUUUUCUUCAGGGAUGCCUAUGUGUAUGCGUCUCAGAAACGCAGAGAAAGAAAAACAUACUAGCACCAUUCACCACCACAACAA